AUUCUAGUAUCAGUACAAGGCUUUAAAACACGCAGCGUCACAAGGCAUCACAAAGUAUCACAAAGUAUCACAAAGUAUCACAGAGUAUCACAAAGUAUCACAAAGUAUCACAAGGUAUCACAAAGUAUCACAAGGUAUCACAAAGUAUCACAAAGUAUCACAAAGUAUCACAAAGUAUCACAAGGUAUCACAAAGUGUCACAAGGUAUCACAAAGUAUCACAAAGUAUCACAAGGUAUCACAAGGUAUCACAAAGUAUCACAAGGUAUCACAAAGCAUCACAGAGUAUCACAAAGCAUCACAGAGUAUCACAAAGCAUCACAAGGUAUCACAAAGUAUCACAAAGUAUCACAAAGCAUCACAGAGUAUCACAAAGCAUCACGGAGUAUCACAAAGUAUCACAAAGUAUCACAAGGUAUCACAAGCCAUCACAAAGUAUCACAAAGUAUCACAAGGCAUCACAAAGUAUCACAAGGCAUUCCAAAGUAUCACAAAGUAUCACAAGGUAUCACAAAGUAUCACAAGGUAUCACAAGGCAUCACAAAGUAUCACAAAGUAUCACAAGGUAUCACAAAGUAUCACAAGGUAUCAAAAGGUAUCACAAGCCAUCACAAAGUAUCACAAGGCAUCACAAAGUAUCGCAAAGUAUCACAAGGCAUCACAAAGUAUCACAAAGUAUCACAAGGUAUCACAAAGUAUCACAAAGUAUCACAAGGCAUCACAAAGUAUCACAAAGUAUCACAAGGCAUCACAAAGUAUCACAAAGUAUCACAAAGUAUCACAAAGUAUCACAAAGUAUCACAAGGCAUCACAAAGUAUCACAAAGUAUCACAAGGCAUCACAAAGUAUCACAAGGCAUCACAGAGUAUCACAAGGAAU